AUGAAGGUAACCUUCAGUCAGCUGGUGAUCACAGCUGGGAUCUGCGGGAUCCUCAGCUUCGCCUUCCUGGCCACUUCCAUCGGAACCGACUACUGGUACAUCAUCGAGAUCAACGCCAUGAACACCACGGACUUCGAGAACAUGAGCUCCCACUCGGGACUGUGGAGCAUCACCGAAGGUGAGAAGUCCUCGGUCUUCAUGGACUCCUUCUCGGCUGACUACUCCAGAUACUCGGCGUCGGAGCAGCGGAUGCUGAACAUGCACGGUGCCAUCGUGGUGCUGCUGCCCCUCAGCCUGGUGCUGGUGCUGUUCGGGGGCAUCUGCGGCCUGGUCAGCUCCCUGGCCCGCAGCCCCGUCCUCCUCACCGCCGCCGCCUCCUACUUCUUCAUCUGCAGCGUGCUGACGGUGUGUGGAGCCUCCCUCUACGUGGUGUACUCGUCCCAGGCGGAGGCCCUGGCGGGCCCGGAGAGCCUGGCCUUCGUGCGCACGUCCUUCGGCUGGUCCUUCGCCCUGGCCUGGCUCUCCUACGGCCUGGAGCUGCUCACCGGGGCGCUGCUGCUCGCCGCCGCACAGCUGAUCCGGCGGCGGCAGAGCCGUCCCACCAGGGCCUGA